GAUAAGUUACCACAAUCCUAAGAAAAUAUUUCAACAAAAGUCGAACCUAUGAAGAUAUACAAAAAGACGAGAUUGUGCGUCGUUCUUGCUUGUUUUGUGUGGAGUUGGAGUUCGUUGAUGGCCAGUGCAACAUGGUGGUUACUGACGGUACCAGCCCCACAGCCGACGCAGCAAACACGCAACACAAAAGGUGCAAAAGCAUACUGCAAUUCAUUAAAAUUUUUGUCAGAAAAACAAAAACAAUUAUGUAUUUAUCAUCCAACCAUUAUGAGCAAGAUAAGCGAUGGAGUAAAGGUGGGAAUAAGGGAAUGUGAAUACCAAUUUCAAAAUCAAAGAUGGAAUUGUACGCAAUAUCCUUCAACAAAACCAAAGCAACAUAUUUUUGAUCCAGUUUUGCGAAAUAAGGGACCAGAAAGAGCUUAUAUCAAAGCCAUAUUGUCGGCCGCCGUCUCCUAUACAAUCACAAGAGCUUGUUCUGGAGGAGAUUUACCAGAAGAAUGUAUGUGUGCCCCCAUAAGACGAAAGGCCGAUCGAGAUUCUCGACAGAAGGAAUUCGAGUGGGGAGGCUGUUCCGAUGACGUGAGAAUAGGCGACCAAUUUUCUCGUGAUUUUUUCGACGACAAGAAACGAAAACUUUCAGCGGUUGAGUUACUGGAUUUACACAACAACGAUGCGGGAAGACAGGCAGUUCGCUUGAACAAUAAAACGACCUGUCGAUGUCAUGGAUUAACUGGCACCUGCACUCAAAAUAUAUGUUGGAGAUCAUUGCCUCCAAUGAGGAAAGUAGGCCACGAACUAUUUCAGCGUUAUUCUACCGCCGUUAGAGUGCGAAUCAAGAAGUCCCGUGUUCAGGCCGCAUCAAAGUCGUCAAGAAGUAAACUAUCAUCGAGGAAUUUGGUAUAUUUGAAGAAAGCCCCGUCUUUUUGCACGAAAAACCUUAAAAAGGGAUCUUUCGGUACAAUAGGCAGAUGGUGUAACGCAACGAGCACUAACAGCGAAGGUUGUUCACAUAUGUGCUGCAACAGAGGUUACAAAACAGAAUCAGUGUUAAAAAGCAUCAAAUGCAAUUGUAAAUUUCAUUGGUGCUGCAAUCUGACUUGUGAAACAUGCGAAGAAAUGAGAGAAGAGUCCUACUGCAGAUAAAAAAGCAAGCUUAUUCAUAUUUAUAGUCGAAGAAUGCAAAAGCCGAUCAAGAUGGUAUGGAGAGGAGAUAAUGGGAUAUGAAUGAAAGAACGUCGAACUUCAGAGAGGGUUGAAACUAGAAGAUAAGUGACAAGGCAAGGGCUUAACACUUGACCUUGUGGUAUACAAAUGUAUAUUUGCAGAGAUAAAACAAAAUCGAGAAAAAACUUAGCCUCUGUUCUAUUUAACACGAUAUCACCUUUCAGCAAAUGAAGAAUCCACAAUUACAAGAUUCUUCAUUAUCGAACAACGCGCAACCCCCAAUUGCUUAGUGAAGUGCACCGGACAUUAUCAAAUAGAAUGAGCAAAUUGAAGACCUCAUGCAAAGACAAACAUGCUGCCGAGUCAAAUAUUUUGAUGUACAAAUCCCCCUCUAAGGUAUACUUUUUCUUAUAGAGCUGCGCCGACGGUAUUGAAUAAGCUACAAGAUAAAAUAUAUUCGAGUCAUUAAAGAAUAUCAUAUAUACACAUUUUGCAUUGGUCGCAACAGGCCCGCAUUUAUUGUAACGGGAAUGCAAAAAACUAUUUAAGUAGGUGAAGAACGGUUUUAUUUGAUACAAACAAACUGCUACAUUCUUCAAUGAGUUUCAAUUAUUUUUGAUUAAAACACCUUGUACAUAAUAUAUUAUAUGCAACAAUCGUUCCAGUAUUUAUUCCGCUUUCAUUUGCCGAACAAUGUUGUUGACUUUUUUAUUUCGUAUUUUCAAUGCUUUUCGGUUUAC